CGCAAAGGAAAAAAAAAUCAAACAAAAGUGAGCGUCCGAAAGCAAAGCGAAAAGAAAAGUGUUUUGCUCGCGGAAAAGUUCUUUUUUCGCUAGUGCUUAGUUUUGGAAAAUAGCUUAUUUUAACGUCCAAAUGUUCCGUUAGUGUUCUAGUUCGUUUUAAUUGUGGCGAUAUCUGGAAAGAAGCAGUGCCGUCGUCCAUUGAUUGAUUUUGAUCCGGUUGUGCCGGUUGGAAGCAAAGAUGGAGAAUGAACCGGCAGUAACAUCGGAAGCGGCCGUCGCCGGAUCUGGUACUAGCGAGAGCGACGACAAGAAUGAAAGUGGAUUGACAGCCAAUGAAGGGAAGGACGGCGACCAUCCGGGGCGCAGCAACAAUGACGGACACGUAGAUCAUCCAAAAGCCGUAGAGGGAAAGAAUCAGGAAGAUGCGGUGCAACAGGAUAAGGUUGAGUUGAUCGUUCCGGAGGAAGGCUCCGCUGCGAUAGAAGCUACCAAUCCAAAUGAAGCUGAAAAGUCGCCUCCAGCCGAAACCGUUUGUGAUGAUGAAGUUGAGCGUUCGGAACCGAAGAAGGAAACGGAAGAAGAUAAAGCAUCACAGAAGGAAAAGAGUGUAGAGCAAGAGGGUGCUGUGGAAGAACUGAUAACAGGAUCGAAGAUUGCCUCGGAUGAUACAAAGGAGACGUCAAUCGUCGAAGAAAAGGAAGGCACUUUAGAAGAUCCAGUGACACAGCCGAUGGAUGUCACGGAUGAUAAAGCAGAGGAAAUGUUGAAGAUAGAAGAAGGAGAAAAGAUGGAAGUUGAGGAAUGUAUACCAGCAGAAGUAGCUUCAACGGAUAUAGAUGAUGAAAAACCUACUAACGUAGCGAAACAAGCCGAGCAGCAUAGUCCAGAGAUAACUGAAACUGGAAAGCAAGAUGAUUCGCUGGAUGUAUCAAAGGAUGUUGCCGAAAUAGCAGAAACCGAUGAGAAAAAGGCUGAAAAAUGUAACGAACCAGGAGAAGUUGAAGCAGUAGGAACAACAAGUCAAAAGACUGAUAGUCCUAUGAUAGUGGAUGAUGCAAAGGUUGAUAUCAAAGAACGAACCGUUGAGGAAACAGACGAAGCUAUACAACCAUCGGAAAAAGUGAACUCAGAGGAUGAAAAAUCGAAGGAACAAAGUGCUGUGAAAGAUUAUUCCAAGAAUGAGGAAGCUACAUGUGUUGACACUACGGAGAAGAGUGACGAAAACAUGAAGGAUGAUGCAACUUCUAUCACGAUAUCUCGCGGAAAAGCUGUGGACAAAACAGAUGCUGACGUCACCGAAGGAAACGAAGAAAAAUGUGAAAAAUCCGAAGAAACAGACAAAGCGGAAGAAGCAUCAGAAAUGGCGAUUACUAAGGAAGAUGAAUCCAAAGAACAAAUUGCAAUAGCAGGUGACUCCAACAUUGAGAAAGUCAAAUCUGCUGACAGCAUCGAAGAAUGCAAAGAGGUUGUAAAGGAUGACAUAAACUCUAUCACGGCGCCUCAGGAAAAAGCUGACUCCGUAGAAUCUCCGAAGCAAUUAGAAGAAGUAACAGAAGAGGAGAAGAAAGCGCCGGUGGAAGAGUCUAAUUGCAUGCAAAAACAAACCAAGACUGACGACGAAAAGAAACCCGAAGAAGAUGACGACAUUAUUUUAAUAGAUGACGAAAAGAGCACUACCGAUGUAGAAAAAGGCAAACUCGAAGAAUCUGCCGAGCAAGAGAAGAUAGAACCAGCGACGAAGAAGUUAAGGCUGAGUACUGAAGAAAAAGAAGAAUCGAAGAUGGAUACAACCGAUCAGGAAUCUAAGGAAGCGGAUGUAAACAAAGAUGCAGAAGAGCCAAAAAGCGAUUUGAAGACCGACGAAGAUAAGCCUAAAACGGACAAAGUAAUGUCGGAAGACGAAGACGUCGUGUUGGUUGAAAAUGAUUCGAAAUGUGAGAACAAAGUCGACGAAAAAGAAGAUGAACAAGCAGAUGCUGAUAAGAACAAAUCAGAGGAAGUCGACGUUGUUGUGGUUGUUGAAACUAGCGAGGCAGAUGAUGACAUUCCGAAAGCGGAUGAAACAAAGUCGCCUGCUAAAGAGGACAACAGUAAAGAUGACUCCGAUGUCGUUAUGCUGGUAGAUUCUGAAGCAGAAGAUUCGAAAGACCCACCAAAUGAAAAGAAAGUUGAAGUGAAGGAAGUUGCUGAAACGAAUGGUGACAAAAAAGAUGAAGCAACGAAGGAAGAUGAGAAAGAUAUCGAUAAAUCAGAGCCGACCAAAACGGAUGAAGCCAGCAAAUCGGAAGAUAAGUCCGACCAAACGACAGAAACUGAUAAACCCACAAACGGCACACCGACCAAGCGAUUUGUUCUGGAUGAAAAUACGGGCAUGUUCGAAGAGAAGGAAACCCAACCAGAAGAGACCGUGCCGCAGGUCUUUGGCGACUCGGACGAGGAUGUCGUUAUGGUGGACAAUUACGUUACAACCGAUCGAAAAUCGGCAUCCAAACCGCCGUCAAAGGUGCAGCAGCCGUCAGCAACGGCUUCGACGACUAAGGCCAUUACCACAGCUACAGCUGAACAGAAAACUCCGACAACGGCUCAAGAGAAGAAGCCGGCAGAUGCGACGGCCAAGGAACCGCCAUCCAAGCCCAAAUCGUCAACCGUGUCCGUCGAGUGUAUCAACGCCGAGUGCAAGAAGAACACGAGGGAAUCAGCUCCGGCGCCUCCGUUCGUGCUGAACUUUUUUGGGAUUCCCAAGAAAACGAAGAAGCAGCGGGUUUGCUUGAGCUGUUACGAUGAGGUGGUGGAAAAGUACUCGAUCUUGGGAGCAGCGGUUCUGGAUCAACAGCCGUUGUUGUUUUGUGAGAUGCCUCGUAAGAACGAACUUGUCGAAAUCUCCGACAGCAGCGAAGAGGAGGAGGAUGCAGACGUAAAACUGGAAGCAGAAAAACCACUUCCGGCCGAUAUUAUUGCGCUGGUGGAAUCCGAGCUGAAUGACAUUGUUAGCAGCACAUUCGAAAAAAUCAACAUUAGUCAACAGGUCGACUGGACAGAGCAGAUCAUGAAACAGAAAAUUGCUUAUAACACAAAACUCUCCGACGAGAUCAACAACGAGUUGAACGAACUGCAACGCAAGGUUGACAAGAUUCAUCUCAAAUUGUACAGUAAAUCUCGCCCGCGAUACCAAGAUCUACCACCGAUCAAUAUAUUCGAAAUGGAUGCCAAUCGCCAACCGGUUGUGCAACAGCCCAUCCAGGUCAAUCGUCAGUAUUCCCCUCAGAAACCGUUGAACCAAACAACGCAACAGCAACCACACCAGCAGAAACAGCAGACCUCUCAGACGACGACCAUGGGAACUCAAGCCUCAGGAGCCUCGGUUUCUCCGCCGAAGGAAGAAUUCAGCCGGCCGGCGGUCUCCGUCGGGCAGUUCUACUUUGCCGUGAAGAACAAGCUUCUCAGCAAUUGGUCCGAGUGUCAGGUCGUCGAAGCGGUUACCGUUGCUGAUAAAUCUCUAUACAAAGUCAACUUCCUCUACAACAUAGGAGGUGGCAGCGCCCCGAUCAAAGUGGUUCCAGCCAAAUACCUCGCCUAUCGACAUUCAUUCAACGUAAAACUGCCGCUGGGCACCCGAGUCAUUGCACGAUUCGACGCCGGAACUACCCAACCGACCUUGAACAAAUCCCAGCAAGCUAAGAGCACCUCGUUCUAUCCGGGUAUCAUUGCCGAAUCGUUCGGUAAGUAUAACAGAAAUCGUUAUCUGAUCUUCUUCGACGACGGCUAUGCCCAAUAUGUGACCCACGGGGAUGUCCGGGUGGUGUGCGAGGAAUCGAAGGAAGUCUGGUUGGACAUCCAUCCGCACUCGCAGGAGUUCAUCAAGAACUAUCUGAUGAACUAUCGGUCACAGAGACCCAUGGUGCAGGUGAAGGUCGGCCAGCGCAUCAUCACGGAAUGGAAGGGUAAGUGGAUCUACGCCAAGGUUAUCGACAUCGACGCUAGCUUGGUCCAGCUACACUUCCCGGAUGAUAACCGGUACGAGUGGAUCUACCGCGGUUCCACUCGAUUGGGUCCCCUUUACCAAGAGAAGGCGCUUAGCAUGAGCAAGCAAAGCAACAAGUUCUCCAAGUUCCAGAAGAGGAACGAACCUUCAAUCGAAUACAUCACCCUGGAUGACGACGACGAUGAAUCGGAUCAAGCCAAACAGCAGGACGCCAAGAAGGCCAUCACACCUCAGGAACAGGCCCUGCAAGCUCUGAAGAAUCUCCAGAUGAGUCAAGCCGAUUCGGCUAAUCGUUCGGUGGCCAAGAAGAGCACCUUCCACCGCUCGACACCAGCCUCACAACCUUCCGCCGUGUUCAUGAACAGUUCCACGAUCUACUGCGAGGAUGAUCGCCCCAAGGGCAAGAUAGUCUACUACACGGCCAAGAAGCAUCUACCUCCCCUAAAGUACAAACCACACGACUGCAAUCCCAACUGCCUGUUCAAAAUUACGCACAAUCUCAAAUCGUACAGUCCGAUGGCGAAACCGUUGCUCUCCGGCUGGGAACGGCAGCUCUGCAAGAUGCGGUACAAGAAGGUGUUCGUCGUCUAUCGGGCACCGUGCGGUCGCCGGGUACGCAAUAUGUACGAACUCCACAUGUACCUUCGGAUGACAAAGGCCACCCUGAAUGUGGAGAACUUUGACUUCGAUCCGAUGAUUCACUGCCUGGCGGAGUACGUGAUCGAGAAUCACAUCUAUCACAAUCCGGAUCUCUCGGAUGGAAAGGAGUUUAUGGCUGUUCCUUGUGUCAACUACUUUGACGACACCAAACCGCCCCCGUGCAUCUACUCCACCGAACGUAUCCCCACGGAAGGUGUCAAUUUGAACCUGGAUUCGGACUUCCUCUGUGGGUGUGAUUGCGAGGACGAUUGUAUCGACAAGAGUCGAUGCCAGUGUUGGCAGCUGACAAUUGCCGGAGCCAAAUUCGGUAAUCCCAAUACGCAGAUCGAUAACAUCGGAUACGUGUACAAGCGGCUACAGGAACCCGUAGUGACCGGUAUCUACGAGUGUAAUUCCCGAUGUAAGUGUAAGAGCAACUGCUUGAACCGGGUUGUGCAGCAUCCGCUGAUGACGAAGCUCCAGGUAUUCAAAACCAGCAAUCGUGGUUGGGGCAUUCGGUGCCUGAACGACGUCGCCAAAGGAAGUUUCAUCUGCAUCUACUCGGGACAUCUGCUCACGGAAGAGGCGGGUAAUACGAUUUGCGAGAUGAACGAAAACAAGGCCGGCGAUGAGUACUUUGCCGAUCUGGAUUACAUCGAAACGGUGGAACAGCUGAAGGAGGGCUACGAAGCCGAUGUGGUUGAGUCGGAAAGUGAAGCGGAUAGCGACGAGCCGGAUUACGAUGCCAAGCAGGACAGCGCUGCGUCGGACGAUGAUUUCACGGCAAGCACAAAUCCGACCGAUGCGGCUGUGAAAACGAGAUCGCAGGUUAGGAGAGAUAGCCGGUCGUCUACCCAGAAGACGGAGUCAAAAACUGAGAAGAAAUCCUCGAAGAAAAAGGAAGAUUCGAAAACGGGAUCAGAUGAUGAGCGCGAGAUGGUAAACCUGAUACCGUACUCGGACAUGACGAAGGAAGACGCUCCCAGCCCUGCCAUCAAGUAUCGAUCAGUUCGGAAGUAUUUCGGUAAACACGAACAAAUCUACAUCAUGGACGCCAAGAAAUCCGGAAACCUUGGCCGAUACUUCAACCAUUCCUGUAAUCCCAAUCUUUUCGUGCAAAACGUAUUUGUCGACACCCAUGAUCUCCGCUUCCCUUGGGUGGCGUUCUUUGCCCUGUGUAACGUACGGGCCGGUUCGGAGUUGACCUGGAACUAUAACUACGACGUAGGUUCGGUGCCCGGAAAGGUACUCUACUGUCAGUGUGGAGCGGAGAACUGCCGUCAGCGUUUGCUUUAAGUUUGUCGGACCCGGGCGAAGGUUAGUAUAGUACUAGUAGCUUGUAGUUUCUGUGUUCUUUCAUGUUACUGAUAGGCCAAUCCGGCAGUCUCGAUUCCUGGGAUCAAACCCGUGAUUUUAUUUCACAAACUUGUUUUUUCAGGAAGCAGUGUGUAAUCGUGAGUCACCUAACAAUAUGAUUGUAUGUAUAGAAAUAAAUAAAACCACUAUGGUUAGCUAUAACUGUGAA